GCGGGUGGGCGACGCCCGCAGGGUGUUCGAAGGAAUGUGGGAUCGGGAUAUUGUUGCCUGGGGCGUCAUGCUUGACAGUUAUUUUCAGAUUCAAGAUUACAAAGAAGCUUUUCGUCUACUCAAUAAGAUGAAAAGAUCAAGAGUGGUGCCUGACCAAGUCAUCCUUGCUACUUUUCUAUCAACUUGUGGUCAUACACGGAAUUUAAGAUCCGGAAAAAUCAUCCACACAUAUAUACUUGUCUCAGGUAUUUUUAUUGAUGCCCGCCUCAGUAGUGCUCUCAUAAACAUGUAUGCUACUUGUGCGGAAAUGGAGAUGGCCAAGAAGCUAUACAAUGGGAUGCAAAGGAAGGACUUGGUAUCAUCAACUGCCAUGGUCUGUGGAUAUGCCAAGAAUGGAAAAAUUGAGGCUGCCCGCUCCAUAUUCAAUGGUAUGCCAGACAAAGAUGUGGUUUCUUGGAGUGCUAUGAUAUCAGCAUAUGCUGAAAGUAACCAACCUAGUGAAGCUUUGUACAUGUUCAAAGAUAUGCAAGAGUGUGGUGUCAGUCCUGAUGAAAUUACCAUAUUGAGUGUCAUAUCUGCAUGUGCUAAUAUCGGCUCCCUUGACAAAGCCAGAUGGAUCCAUUCUUUUGUUGUGAAUCAUGGCUUUUGUAAGAUAUUGUCCAUUUGCAAUGCUCUUAUUGACAUGUUCUCAAAAUGUGGGAGCUUGGCUCUUGCCUUGAACAUGUUCAAUGCAAUGCCUCGAAAAAAUGUUAUCACCUGGACAAGUAUGAUUUCUGCAUUUGCUACACACGGUGAUGGAAGAUCCGCCUUAAACCUUUUUGGGCGGAUGAAAAGUGAAGGGAUUGAACCCAAUGCCGUGACAUUUCUAUGUUUGUUGUCUGCUUGUUGCCAUGCUGGUUUAGUUGAUGAAGGUCGUUCCUUGUUCAAAUGUAUGAUUCGGGAAUAUAGGAUUGAACCCAAGCAUGAACAUUAUGGCUGUAUGGUGGAUCUUAUGGCAAAGUCUAAACUUCUACAAGAAGCGGUUGACCUCAUAGAGUCAAUGCACAUAACACCUAAUGUGGCUGUUUGGGGAUCUCUGUUAUCAGCCUGCUGGAUGCAUGAUGACCUUGAGCUUGGGGCAUUUGCUGCAAAGAAAAUUUUGGAGUUGGAUCCCAAUCAUGAUGGAGCAUACGUGAUUUUAUCGAAGAUACACGCAAAAUCUGAUAACUGGAACAGUGCUCGGAAGGCGAGGGGAGUAAUGAGAGUCCAUGGGGUCUCGAAAGAAACAGGCUGCAGUUGGGUGUAGCUGAAUGGUGCUUUCCACAGUUUGGGAGCCGGGGGUGAGAAACAUC